AUGGUCAGCUGCGUCUCCAGCGAGAAGGAGAACGCGGCGGUGAAGCUGGUGAUGUGUUUGACGCAGACCACGUGGCCCUGCGGCGGCGCGUCGUGGUCCUUGACGGUGAGGUCUCCGUUGAGGUGGGCCAACAGGUACCACAUGCAGGCGAACAGCAGCCAGUGGGCCAGGAAGGAGGCGCAGAAGGCCAGGAGGACCCACCUCCAGCGCAGGCUCAGCAACAGUCCCCACAAGUCCAGCAGGGCCAGCAGCCAGGUCCGGCUCCAGGCCCUGUGCCAGCGGCCCGCCCGGCACGGCGGGGGGCGAAGCGCGCAGUGUCCGUCUUUCGCAAACAACUCAGAUCCCGCAAACUCCCAGACGCUUUUCAUCAGCUGGAGGGCUCCGGUUGCGUUCACAGUUGUGGAUGCAGGCGAGCGCAGCAUCCCUCUGUCGGUCGACGGUGGCCCACCCGUCCUGGCGCUCCGUGUGGAUUUGCUACACCAGCGUGGCGUGGGUAAGUAUAGCGCGGGCGGACGGACCCCGUUCGACUGCAGAGGAAAAAAAGGAUGGAAUUAUAAAGGGACGAAAUUGAAUAUGGGCAAAUGGACUGGCAUGCAUGCCCAUCUUCUAGGCUUCUUAUUCCCGCUGUUGUUCUUGAUAUUCAAGCUGUCAGUCUGCAAUGGCCGCAUUGAUUAUGAAGAUUCAAAGGAUGGGUCCAAUUUCAGCUUCACACAGUCUGUAUACCAUGCUACAAUUUAUGAAAAUUCAGCGGCACGCACCUAUGCCAACAGUAAAAUUAAAAUGGGCAUUUACAUACACAAGCACUCCUGGGAAAUUCGAUAUAGAAUCACCUCAGGAGAUGAUGAUGGCUUUUUUAAGCCGGAGGAGUAUUUGCUCGGUGACUUUUGUUUCUUGCGCAUAAGGACUAAGGGAGGCAAUGCAGCCAUAUUGAACCGAGAGAUUCAGGAUAAUUUUGUAUUGACAGUGAAAGCAUAUGUCAAGGGAGAGGCCCUUCUUGAGACAUGGACUAAAGUCAGUAUCCAAGUACUGGAUAUGAAUGAUCUCCGGCCUUUAUUUUCACCAACAACAUAUUCUGUCACCAUCGCAGAAAGCACUCCACUCAGGACCAGUAUUGCUCAAGUUACAGCCACAGAUGCAGACAUUGGCUCUAAUGGAGAGUUUUAUUUUUUUUUCAAGGAGAAAAUGGAACAAUUCGCAGUACACCCAACUAGUGGCAUUGUUUACCUGAGCGGAAAGCUUAAUAUCGACGAGAAGAACCGCCAUGACUUAGAAAUCCUGGCUGUCGACCGUGGCAUGAAACUGUAUGGAAAUAAUGGGGUCAGCAGCACAGCCAAACUUUUUGUUCACAUAGAACGCUUAAAUGAACAUGCCCCAGUCAUGAAUGUAGUCACCCUCAGCCGUUUCACAUUAGAUGAAAACACGGUAUAUGCCAUGAUUACAGUUGAAGACCAAGAUGAAGGAUUAAAUGGAGAAAUUGAUUCAGUUAUCAUAGUGGGUGGGGACCCCACUGGACAGUUUUUUGUAGAAAAAUAUGGAGAAAAUGAGUAUGUAGUAAAAGCCUCUGAGGCAUUAAACCAGGAGUUUUUCUCCCACAGCUAUGAUCUUAUCUUGCAGGCUAAAGAUAGAGGAACACCACAGAAGUCGUCUGCUCAGAAGGUUGUCCACAUAGUGUUAAAGAAACUGCAGAAUGAGGAAGCAAAUUUUGAGCAAGAUUUGUAUGAUGUUAGUUUAAACGAAUUUUCACCACCAGGCACAAUUGUAGGUGCUAUUAAAAUCAGGCCAGAGCCUGAUGGUGCAGAAUAUGUCCUGUCAUCUUGUUCAGAUUCAUCUUUCUUUCAAAUGAAUAGCCAAACAGGUGUAAUCUCCACCACCAGCUGGUUUACACAGGUAUUUCAGGAUGUUUUUAAUCUUGAGGUGCUGGAAAAAGUGACUGAUCGCACAGUUAAAGUGCAAGUUACCAUUGAAGAUGCCAAUGAUAACACACCAACUUUUGCUCAGACAUCCUAUGAGGUUUUUGUAAAUGAAAAUGUUCCAGUUGGGUCUCAUGUGUUGACAGUAUCUGCAGUGGAUAAAGAUAAAGGUGAGAAUGGAUAUAUAACUUACAGCAUUUCCAGCCUCCAGCCAUUGCCUUUCAAAAUAAAUCAGUUUUCUGGUGUUAUCAGAACCACAACAGAUUUGGACUUUGAAGCCUCACCACAGAUGUUUGUGUUUCAUGUCAGAGCUUCUGACUGGGGUUCACCUUACAGACGAGAGAGUGAAGCCAGUGUAACAAUCCACUUGGAAAAUCUAAAUGAUAACAAGCCACUGUUUGAGAAAGUAGGUUGCCAAGGGUUUAUUGCAGCAGAUUUUCCACUGGAUGAAGUAAUUACUACAGUGUCUGCAAUUGAUGUAGAUGAAUUAGAGCUUGUAAAAUAUAGAAUAAUUUCAGGAAAUGAGCAGGAUCAAUUUGACCUCAACCCGAAUUCUGGGGUCCUUAAAUUGCGACAUCCCAUCACCACAUGGAGUCCAAAGAAUAUUUUAUUCAGUUUGAAAAUAAUUGCAACAGAUGGUGAACAAAUUUCUGAUCCUACAUUUGUUAAUAUUUCUGUUGUUCAUGGAAAAUCUUUUCCCAAGCAUUUCAGUUGUGAAGAUACAAGGGUAGCCCUAAAAAUGGCAGAAAAAUUACUAAAAAAGUCCAAAGUUAAUACAAAAGUCAAAAUUGAAGAGGAUUUUGUAGAUCUGUUUUCUGUCAAUAGGCAAACCCCCCAGUUUGACAAAAGAUUACCUUCAGCUGUUUCUGUGCAAGAAGAUCUAAAGAUUGGCUCAAGUGUUUUCAAGGUGAAUGCUUAUGAUGGGGAUACCGGUUUUAAUGGUCGGAUUGUAUUCUCUAUUCAAAAUGGAAACAAUGACGAUUGUUUCGCCAUUGACACACAGACUGGCCUUAUCUAUGUUUUCCAACCCAUGGACAGAGAAAAGAGAGAUCACUAUCUCCUUAACAUUACGAUCUAUGACCUUGGCUUCCCACAGAAAAUGGCAUGGCGUUUGCUUACUGUUAACAUUGAGGAUGUUAAUGAUAACGCACCCCUUUUUUUGCAAGAUGGCUAUCGAUUAGUCAUACCUGAAAACACUGCCAUAGGUACAGAUAUCAUCCAGGUUGAAGCAACUGACAAAGAUCUGGGCCUCAACGGCGAGGUUGUGUAUUCUCUUUUGACAAAAACAACCCAAUUUAAUAUUAACUCCACAAAUGGGAUUGUAUAUGUUGCUGGUCAGUUAGACAGGGAACUGGUAUCUACUUUUAACUUGAAGAUUGAGGCUUGGGACAGAGCGGACAGAGGGAGCCGCAAGUUUUCUGUGACUACACUGAAGAUUAUAUUGGAAGAUGUAAAUGAUUGUCCCCCACUAUUCAUUCCAAGUGUUUACAAAGCCAGGGCUCUGGAGGACCUUCCAGUAGGAACUGUUGUGGCUUGGUUAGAAACUCAGGACCCUGAUAUAGGGUUGGGAGGUCAGGUCAGGUAUUCUCUUGUUAAUGAUCACAAUGGAUGGUUUGAGCUGGAUCGGGUCAGUGGAGCGAUUAGGCUCACAAAGGAACUUGACUAUGAGACCCAACAGUUCUACAACCUCACUGUAAAAGCCAAAGACAAAGGACGGCCUGUUUCUCUUCUCUCUGUGACAUAUGUGGAGUUGGAGGUAAUAGAUGUGAAUGAAAACCUCUAUCCUCCACACUUCUCCCACUUCGCUCUAACGGGAGUGAUUAAAGAGGAUGCCCGUGUUGGAACUACUUUACUCCAAGUCAGUGCAACUGAUGACGAUGCUGGGAGAGAUGGAGAAAUCCAAUAUGCUAUUCAUGAUGGAAGUGGACUUGGCCGAUUUUCCAUAGAUGAAGAGACGGGGGUCAUCUACACAAUUGAUACAUUAGACCGGGAGAGUGAGGAUUCGUAUUGGCUUACAGUGUAUGCCAGUGACCGUGGUGUGGUUCCUCAAUUCACCACCAUGGAGGUGUUUGUUCAGGUCGAGGAUGUUAAUGACAACGCCCCACUAAUCUCCGAACCGCUGUACCGGCCCUCAGUCCCUGAGAAUUCUCCACAGGAUAUUUCUGUCAUCCAGAUCCUGGCACAAGAUCCCGAUGGCCUGCCCCCUUCUGGCUCUCACCCGUUCAGUUUUAAUAUUAUUAGUGGAAAUUCAAAGAAUUUCUUCACCAUCAACCCCCACACUGGCCUGAUCACCACAACAUCACAGAAAUUGGACCGGGAGCAACAGACAGAGCAUGUUUUGGAGGUAUUGGUUUCAGAUGGAGGCUACAGUCCCAGGCAGAGUACAGUGUGGGUGAUGGUGCAGGUCCUGGAUGAAAACGACAACAAACCAACUUUUCAUGAGAAGGUCUACAAGGUCAAACUACCAGAGCGAGAGCGUACAAAGAAGGGUGAGCCCAUCUAUCGGGUGUUCGCCUACGACUACGACGACGGGCCCAACGGCGACCUCUCUUAUGCCAUUGUGGAUGGCAAUGAGGACGGAAAAUUCGUUAUUGAGCCCAAGACAGCAGUAGUCUCAUCACGCAAGGCCUUCACCGCAGGAAGCCACAACAUUCUGACUAUCAAAGCGACGGACAAUGGCCGUCCUCAGAAGUCCUCGACAGCCCGGCUCCACAUUGAGUGGAUCCCCCGUUUGCCUCCAUCGCCUUCACCGCUGCUUUUUGAAGAGUCAUUUUAUAAUUUCUCCGUCAUGGAGAAUAAAAAAGUGGCUGAGAUAGUGGGCGUUGUGACUUUACAACAGAACUCAAACCCCGUGUGGUUUGAAAUAAAAGGUGUUAAGCUUCUCCGUGAGAUGUUCUACAUUGUGCAGAGCAUUUGUACCUGGAACUGUUCAGCAGAAGGUCGAAACAGCAGUAAGUCAACUAAUGUAAAAAAAGUGAUGGGUACAAUCGUAAUCGCCAAGCCUGUGGAUGCUGAGCAGUGCGCAUUCUACAACCUGACAGUGCAGGCCACAGAUGGAACGAACACUGCAUAUGCACAGGUUCACAUCAAUGUUCUUGACGUGAAUGACAACAAUCCCACCUUCUCUCAACCAACCUAUGAGAUCAUUGUUGCUGAAGACACUCCACCAGAUGCUCCGGUGGCCCAGAUAUCAGCAUCUGAUCAUGACAUUUAUCACCAACUUACCUAUUCUCUGCACAGCUCCAUAGAGCCCAUCAGCAUGCAUCUGUUCCGAAUCCACCCAACACUUGGCACAAUCUACACUACCCAAAGGCUGGACCAUGAGGCCUGUGGGAAGCACAUACUCACUGUUAUGGUGAAAGACCAAGAGUCCUCCUACAGAACAAAUGUGGCUCGUGUACUAGUAGAAGUGGAAGAUGUUAAUGACCACGUACCCAUCUUUACCCGUGCUUUGUAUAAAGGCUCAGUCUAUGAGUCAGCAGCAGUGGGAUCGGCUGUGGUCCAGGUUGCUGCCCUGGACAAAGACAAAGGCGAAAAUGCAGAGUUACACUAUUCGAUUGAAGCAGGGAACAUUGGAAAUGCUUUCCAAAUUGAGCCAGUUUUGGGUAUCAUCACUGUAGCAAAUCAUCUGGACUUGUCCAGCAUUGGACACUAUGUUGUUACAGUGCGAGUCACUGACCAUGGCGCCCCUCCAUUGUCCACCACCACAAUUGUGUGCAUAGCUGUCACUUUAUCUGACAAUGCUGGUCCAAAGUUCCGUCAGCCUGAGUAUCAAACUGAAAUCACAGAGAAGGCAAUGGUUGGCACCUAUGUCACCACACUUAAUGCGGUUAGUCAGUCUACACUUACUUAUGACAUUAAGAUGGGCAAUCAUGAACGCAUUUUCAGAAUAAAUCAAUAUAGCGGAGUCAUAACUACUCAAAAGCCUCUGGAUUAUGAGACCACUACAUCUUACACCCUGAUAGUCCAAGCUACUAACAUGGCUGGUAUGACCUCUAGUGCUACUGUGUUAAUCCAUAUAAAAGAUGAGAAUGAUAAUCCACCAGUGUUCCAGCAGACCUUUUAUCAUGGCAGUAUCAGUGAAAGUGCUCCAGUCAACAGUGUGGUCUUGAACUCUGAUAAUUUACCUCUAGUUAUCAGGGCCACUGAUGCUGACCACAACCAAAAUGCUGUUUUGAUCUAUGAGAUUGUUGAGGACACCGCAAAAUCGUUCUUCACUGUGGAUUUAGGAACUGGCUCCAUUCGAACUAUUGCUGAUCUAGAUCAUGAAACAUUUUCCACCUUCCAUUUCCACGUUCAUGUGAGGGACAAAGGAAUACCACAGUUGACGGCCGACAGACCAACUGAGGUCACGAUAAAAGUGACUGAUUCAAACGAUUCACCACCUUUCUUCUCACAGAAUGCCUAUGAAACAGUCUUGCUACUUCCUACCUAUGUAGGAGUUGAAGCAUUGCAGGUGUCAGCAAUGGACCCUGACAAAUGUGUCCCGACAGAGCUCACAUACUUUCUGAGUGAUGGUGUUUUAGAGAACUUUGCCAUUAAUCCCCUGAGUGGAAUUGUUUUUGUGACAAACAGCACCUUCGCCCAAGAACGUUUUCACUUCAGAGUCAGUGUUUCAGAUGGGAAAUUCUCCAGCACUGCCUUAGUAACAAUACUUAUCCACGAAGCUCAGGACUCUGACCUCAGCUUUACCCACAACGUUUAUCUCUCCUCCGUAAUUGAGAACGUAUCGAAUAUCACCGAAGUGGCUGUGGUUACUGCUGUUGGAAAUCAUCUCAAUGAGCCACUUGAGUACACGCUGCUGAAUGCGGGCACGCAUUUCAGGAUUCGUCCAACAUCUGGUGUAAUCCAGACUACAGGCAUACCCUUUGAUCGAGAAGAACGAGAAAUGUAUGAACUGAUCGUUGAAGCAAAAAGGGAGCAGGAUCAUCUUCGUGUGGCAAGGGCUAUGGUGAAAGUUCAAGUCGAGGACAUAAAUGACAAUGCGCCCGUUUUUCUGGGACUCCCUUAUUAUGCUGCCGUUCAAGUAGAUGCUAAACCGGGAUCCAACAUUUUCAAGGUCCUUGCUGUGGAUGGGGACAAAGGUGUCAACGGAAUGGUGUCUUACCAUCUAAAGCACGAUCAUGAUCACUUUGACAUUAAUCAGCAAACAGGAAGUCUUAGCCUCAAGAGGUCAUUUGACUCUGACUUGUCCAGUGCGGAAUACAUGAUUGUUAUACUUGCAGAAGAUGGUGGUUAUCAACCCCUCUCAUCUACUGUGGAGUUUCCCAUCACUGUUGUUAACAAAGCCAUGCCUGUCUUUGGUAAAUCAUUUUAUUCUGUUUCUGUUAAUGAGGAUGUGGAUGUGCUGACACCAAUCAUCUGCAUCAAUGCCAGCAGUCCUGAAAAUCAAAACAUAAUCUAUACUAUUGUUGAAGGGGAUCCACAUCUUCAGUUUGAUAUUGGUUUUGAUACUGGAGUCAUAACGGUCGUCCACUCUUUGGACUAUGAAGCUACAUCAUCUUACCACCUUACCAUACGAGCCACAGACUGCUUAACUGGUGCCCAUGCUGAGGUGGAUGUAGAUGUGUUGGUCCAGGAUGUAAAUGAUAACCCCCCUGUCUUUAAGAUGCCCUACAUUGUGGUUUUGUCCGAAGCAACUAUCAUUGGAACAGCAGUGCUUCAAGUCACUGCCACAGACCGAGACUCAGACAGAAACAAUGUUGUUCACUACCAGAUAUUCUCACAUGUUUAUAACAGCACAGACUAUUUUCACAUUGACAGUAGUAGCGGAUUAAUUCUGACAGCACGUGUAUUAGACCAUGAGCUGGCCCAGAAUUAUGACUUUAUUGUCAGAGCCACCGAUAACGGUUUCCCUGCACUGAGUAGUGAAGUUUUAGUGACUGUCAUGUUGAAUGAUAUAAAUGACAAUCCCCCAAUCUUUAACCAACUGCUCUAUGAGGCAUAUGUGAGUGAGUUGGCACCCAGGGGUCACUUUAUAACCUGUGUCCAGGCUUCAGAUGCUGACAGUUCAGAUUUGGACAAUUUGGAAUACAGCAUUUUGUCAGGAAACGAAAGAAUGCAUUUUGUGAUGAAAAAAAAUACAGGGAUAAUCACCCUAUCUGGCUACCGUAGGCAAAGAAUGGAGCCUGCUUACAGCCUUAAUGUUUCAGUGUCCGAUGGAGUGUUCACCAGCACUGCACAAGUGCAUGUCAAGGUUUUGGGGGCCAAUCUGCACAGUCCAGUGUUUGAGAAGGACAUUUAUGAGGCGGAGUUACGAGAGAAUGCUGCCGUUGGAAUCAAAGUAAUACAGGUGAAGGCAACAGACGCAGACCCUGGAGUAUUUGGCCAAAUAUCUUAUUUCUUUAUCAACGACGUAAGCAAUGACAAAUUUAGUAUUGAUGCAACUGGUUAUAUCAGCACGUUGGAAAAGCUGGACCGUGAGGAUCCAGCCAAUAAAGACAUUGUUCUUACCGUGGCAGCUCAAGAUUCAGGUGGACGUUUUUCUUAUUGUACAGUGCAACUUCAUCUCUCAGACGACAAUGAUAAUGCACCUCACUUCAGUGCCACAGAGUACCGAGCCUCACUACAACAUGAUGUGACUAAGGGCUUCUUGGUGACCCAGAUUCGGGCCUAUGAUCCCGACGAUGGCACUAAUGCAAAAGUGAUAUUUUCUAUAUGUUGUGAGGCUCAAGCGUCUGUGGCAGACAUUUUGGAGAUACACCCAGAGACUGGUUGGAUUGUGACAAAAGGCACCUUGAGUCACUUAAAGAACUCUGUAUUAUCUUUUUUUGUAAAGGCCAUGGAUGGGGGAACUCCAGUGCGGCAUUCUUUAGUGCCUGUCCACAUCAAUAUUCUCUCUUCGGAUGUAUAUAUUCCUUCCUUUAGACAAAAUCAUUACUCAUUUAGAGUACCAGAGAAUACACCCAUAGGUUCUGUCAUUGGAAUGGUUCGCCUCAGAAUUCCACCAGAAUAUACGUCAUACUCAACUACCUUUUCAAUGGUAUGUGGAAACACUGGUGAAAACAACCAAGAUGGGGUUUUUCUGGUGGAUGAUUAUACAGGAGUGAUCAAACUUGAUAAGGCCUUGGACCAUGAGGCGAUUCAACGGUUUCACUUCAAAGUCACUGCCAUAGCCGGACAGAUGGAACUAAAUUCUAUUACUUCUGUUGAUGUUGAAGUUAACGUUUUGGACCUGAAUGACAACGAACCAGUUUUUGAUGCCAACUCUUAUUUUACUACUGUGAUAGAGGGAAUGGCUGUUGGAACCAAAGUCACUCAAGUCCAAGCACAUGACCCAGACUCAGGGCUCAAUGGUCAGGUAAAAUACAGACUUGGGGCAUUAAUCCAGUCAGAGAGUAACUCAAGCACAUUGAUGGCAACCUUCAGCAUUGACAGUAACACUGGAUGGAUCUCCACGUGCAAGGACCUUGACCAUGAAACCAAUCCACUCUACAUGUUUACAGUGGUGGCCUCAGACCUUGGAGAGAUCCAGUCUCUCUCUAGUACCACCACUGUGACAGUGACAGUGUCAGACAUCAAUGACAACCCCCCCAGGUUCAUGGAAAAUCUCUACUUUAGUUCGGUUAAGGAGAGUGACCCCCCAGGGGAGGUUGUGGCUGUACUGAAAGCCAGGGAUGAUGACUUCUCUGCUAUUAACAGUCACGUCACCUACCACAUCACUGAUGGGAAUUAUCGAGGCGUAUUUGCGCUGGGUCUAGUUCAAGGUGAAUGGAAGAUGUACGUGAAGAGUCCGCUGGAUAGGGAGGAUUGCAGCUUCUACAUCAUCAACAUAACUGCUAGCGAUGGACUCUUUAUUUCUCAGACAGCUGUGGAAGUGACAGUGACAGACACCAAUGACAACACCCCCAUUUGUGACCAGGCAAUAUACACUGCUAACAUUAAAGAGGACCUUCCAAUCAACAGCACGCUGCUGAGGGUUGAAGCUACAGAUGCAGAUGUUGGCAUCAACGGUCAGAUCCAGUAUUCACUUCUUGGCCCUGGAUCUGAGGAUUUCAGUAUAGAUCCUGAUACUGGUGAAAUCAAGUCAUCCACACCUCUGGACUAUGAAGUAACACCUGCUUACCGACUGGUUGCCCAAGCAACGGAUGGUGGUGGACGGUGGUGCCGUGCUGAGGUGCAUGUGGCAGUGGCUGAUGUGAAUGACAACCCACCCGUUUUCACUUUGUCUCAAUACACCGCCAGUGUCUACGAAAAUACGGCCACCAAGGCGCUUCUCACUCGCAUUCAGGCCAUAGAUCCUGAUGAAGGUCCCGGUCGGAUGGUGAUUUAUUCCCUGGCUGACUCUGCUGGAGGAUUAUUCUCUAUUCAGGAAUCCUCAGGCAUUGUGGUCCUUGAGCAAAUUCUUGACCGUGAGGUCCAGUCAACCCAUCAGAUAACAGUUUGUGCAUCUGAUCAGGGUUCACCGCAGCCCUUCUACUCGCUGGUCAACGUCACAAUUGUUGUGUUGGACAUAAAUGACAAUCCGCCCGUCUUUGAGCACCAUGAUCAGAUGACAACAGUCCCGGAGGAUGUGCAACUAGGCAGUGAGAUCCUGAGAGUCUACGCCACCAGUAAAGACAUCGGGACCAAUGCGGAGAUAACUUACACCAUCAGAUCAGGCAAUGAGCACGGAAAGUUCCACAUCCAUCCUGUAACGGGUGGCAUUUUAGUUGUCAAACCUCUGGACUAUGAAACCUGCACUGCGUAUUUCCUAACAGUGGAAGCUCGUGACGGUGGCACGCCAACUUUGAAGGCCAUUACUACAGUGAACGUGAACCUAACGGAUGUCAAUGACAACGCACCCGUGUUUAAUCAUGAUCUUUACACUGCAGUGGCGGCCGAAGACGCUGCUAUUGGAGAGUUUGUAAUACAGUUGAUAGCAGAGGAUGCUGACAGUCACAUGAACGGAGCCAUUCUCUACGCUAUUGUCGGCGGAGAUCAGCACAACCAGUUUCUCAUCGAACCGGAAAGUGGUGUCAUUAAAGUCAGCAAGCAACUAGACCGUGAGACAAUGCCCAUCUACUUUCUGGUUGUCAGAGCUAUGGAUACUGGGAUCCCACCAAUGUCCUCCACCGUAAGAGUCCACAUAGAAAUCUCUGACAUCAACGAUAACCCACCCAUCUUCUCUGCUGCCAAUACCUACACUGUGAUACAGGAAAACAAGCCGAUUGGCACCAGCAUCCUCCAGUUUUCUGUCAUCGAUCGGGACUCCCCUCACAACGGCCCACCCUUCUCCUUCAGCAUCCUGUCUGGAAACGAAGGCGGGGAAUUUCUGUUGAGGAAAGAUGGAAUCCUCGUUGCCAAUCAAGUGUUUAGAAGGGACCUGGCAAAUGAAUAUGUGAUCCAGAUACAGGUGUCAGACUCUGGAAGGCCUUCUUUGUCCUCUUCCACUCUAUUUACAGUCAAAGUGAUUGAAGAAAGCCUCCAUCGCCCGUCGGUAUUGCCACUGGAGAUUCACGUCGUUACGAUGGAGGAUGAGUUUCCCGGCGGUGUCAUAGGUCAGCUCCAUGCCACCGACGCUGACCCUUACGACGCCCUGACCUUUGGACAUGCCCUGCCGGCCCAGCGCAGCCUUUUUAAGAUCAAUCUCCAUGAUGGAAAGAUCAUCGCGCUCGGGGGAUUGGACACUGGCAGAUACUUUCUCAAUACCAGCGUUAGCGACGGACGCUACGUUGUCCCUGUGCCUGUGACCAUACAGGUGGACCAGGCGACUACUGAGAUGUUGCGCGACGCAGUGACGGUGCGGUUCGAGAGUGUCUCACCGGAAGACUUUGUGUCACUGCACCUGAAGAGCGUUCUGAAAGUGUUGCAGGAGGUGGCCCAGUCUAAAGAGCAGGACAAGUUGCAUCUGCUCAGCCUACAGCCGGUCGGCGGGACCGAACAACUGGAUAUGCUCGUCACCGUGGAGACCGCAGAAGGGGGAUACUACAACGCGGCUUACCUCACCCAGAAACUCAGCACAUCCCGUCAGAAACUGGAGGAGGUGCUCCGGGUGUCGGCGAUCCUGGACAAGAACUGUUCCGGCCUGGAGUGUCGCGGGGCACCGUGCGAACAGAACAUCAUCAUGGAUUCACACAACCUGGCCAUGUACAGCACCCAACAGUUCAGCUUCGUGUCGCCUCGCUUCCACCGAACCUCACGCUGUGCAUGCAGUGAUGCCAGCUGUGAUGUCCUAUUAGAACAGUGUGAAGACCAGGUCUGUCCGGAAAACAUGCAGUGUGUUUCCGUGGAGGCCGCCAAAGGACGCUUUGUAUGCCAGUGUCCACCAGGCAAAACACAAGAGUGUGCAGGGCAUUUGUCUCUGACUUUCUCAGGUAAAAGCUACAUCAAGUACAGACUGUCUGACCAGCUACAGGCGGAGAUGAAACUUACCUUGAGGAUCAGGACACUGCAGAGUCAAGGGAUUAUCAUGUACAUACUGACCGAGCACUGCAUCAUUCUCAAGUUGGAGGAGGGGAAGCUUUGCUUCCAGCUGGCCUGUGGAUUUACUGCAGGUGGAGUUGGCGAAGGCCCUGACAGGUUUGGAUUCUCUGGUCGAAGCAUCAACGAUGGAAGCUGGCACACUUUGGCACUGGAGCUGAAUCACAAUUUCAGUAGCCUGGUGCUGGAUGAAAGCUAUGUCGAGCAACGCUAUGCACCAUCCUCAAUGCAAACAGGAUUUAAAGACAAAACUAUUUACUUUGGAGCCCUGGUGCAGUCCCCUAGCCUGCACAGCUUUGUCGACUCUCAGAGAGACCCUUUGGUGAUGGAGGGAUUCCAAGGAUGCAUGGACUCAAUCAUGUUGGACAACAAAGAGCUGUCUCUGGAGAUUAAACAUUCAAAGCAUGCAGAGGUUGUGGAAAUGACCCAGCUGAAGCUGGGCUGCAUCCUCUACCCUGAUCCUUGCCUGCAUCAGCCGUGCCACAAUGGUGCCACCUGCAUUAGUUUGUACUCUGGUGGGUUCACAUGCAGCUGCAACCCCCGUUACACUGGAAAGACUUGUGAAAUGGAGGUAACGGUGUGCGUUCCAAACCCUUGUCAGAACGGCGGCGUGUGCAAACACAUCGGCAACGCGUUCCUCUGCAGCUGCCGGAGAGGUUUCACAGGCCUGGUUUGUGAGGAAGAUGUCAACGAGUGUGAUCGCAGCAAUCCUGAGGGGGAAUGCGAGAAUGGAGGGGUGUGCAUCAACACCCCUGGCUCUUUCUACUGUAACUGCACGCCGGGCUUUGUGGGUCAGCGCUGCAGCCUGCGGCCCAUGAUCGUGCCGGACAUGCAGGCCGGCCACGCCGUGGUCGGUAAGGAGGAGCUGCUCGGCAUCUCCGUGCUGCUUUUCGUGAUCUUCCUCCUCAUCUUCCUCUUCAUCGGGUUCCGCAAGAAGAUGUUCAAGAAGGACUAUUCGCGGAGUAGCAUGUCUCUGGUCCAGGACCCGGCCACUGCAACACUUCUCAGCAAGGCCAACUGUAUUCAUUUUAAGACUCUGCAUUGCACGCCUGGGGAACAGCUCAAUCUUUACUCAGAGCCAGGGAUGGACCCCGCCAUGACGAUAGGGACAAAAGUAAUGGAGCCUCCACAGAUCCCUGUCAGGCCCAUGGAAUACGUGCCCUGUUUCCAAGGAGACCCACUGUCCAAACUGAAGAUAAUGCCCGAUGAGCACAUCAUGGAGUCUAUCGAGAUGAGCACCUUCCAUCCGGAUUCGCUCAGAAUCCUGUCCGGAACGGCCAAAAGGAGUCUCGUGCUGUACAGAGUGACCCCCAACCUACCGCCAGUGUCCCCCUGUCCCUCAGACUGUGAUUCCAAAUGCCAAGUGACCAGCAAAGAAGCUAAGAUGGCUUACAUCACAGAGGAAGAGACUUAUUUCUCGGGGAACAAUAGAGGCAGCAACUCAGAGACCAAGUCACAGAGUUCUGCUCAUUCUGACUGCUGUGACGACAGUGUAUAUCACUGGGACUGGAUGUCAAGCACAAGACUUUCAGACAGCGAGGACGUGCAAAACUGUGAAACGGGCCCCGGGGGAGACGCGUCCGGCCCGGCCCUUUCCCUGGGCCGAGGCCGUCAGGAGCUGGAGUCAGAGUACUACCUGGGCGGCUGUGACAUUGACGGCAACCAUCCCCAGUCCCACGAGGAGUUUUUGAGCCAGGACCAGUCGCCGCCGUCACUGCCCAAAGGCGAGGAAUAUAUCGAGCCUUGCGCGACCGUGUUCGCAAACCUGCUGCUGUCGGAGGAGAACAUUUUCAGCUCCGGUCAGCAGAACAAGCCUCACGUGCACACCAGACAGUACCUGCCUCCUCACCAGCUGCCCGCCGAGGAGGCGCCCCACGUUGACUAUAGCGCUGUAGUCCGAGGUAUGAUCCCAGAAAACGGGGACAUUGCAGAUUCUUCGUGGUUGAAGCCUCACCGGUCAGUUUGCACAUCGUCGGCCUCGGACGCGUCAGCCCUGCACAGCCUGAAGUCCGAGCGCGUCCACGAUUUCCAAAACAUGGACGCGCUUCAUCGAGGGGUCACUGUUAUUACCGACUCACAGCAACACACUCAAGUAUGA